UUUUAGUUUUUCUCCAUAACAGAUUCUCUUCUUUUUUUCUUGUUCUCUUAAUUUUUCUUUCUUUUCUAAUUACUUUCUAAUUGAUCCAAUUAAUUUGGAUUAAAGUUGCUCUUUUUCAUUAGCUAUCCAUGGGUAAAAAGGACAAAAGCUUCAAGAAAAAGGCUCCUUAUUUUGAGGAUCCUGUUGAUGACAAUGACGAUGAUGAGGCUGUUGAUGCAUCAAUACCUAAAGCUGCUGGUAAACAAAUUGUCGAUGAUGUUUUACGUGAUGAAUUUGGAGCUAAAGAUUACAGGCCUGAUUUAGAAUUAAGAUCUGACGCUGAUGCAAGGCCCUUAUGGGUGGCUCCUGAUGGACAUGUUUUCUUAGAAACAUUUUCCCCUGUCUAUAAACAUGCCCAUGAUUUCCUGAUUGCCAUCUCUGAACCUGUGUCACGACCAGAAAAUGUUCAUGAAUAUAAGCUGACCGCUUACUCGCUCUAUGCCGCUGUCUCCGUUGGCUUACAAACAGAUGAUAUAAUUGAAUAUUUGAGACGCCUUUGUAAAACAUCAAUUCCUAAUGGUAUUGUUGAAUUUAUCAAGGAGUGUACAGUCAGUUAUGGUAAAGUCAAAUUGGUUUUGAAACACAAUCGUUAUUUUAUUGAAAGUCCUUUUCCUCAUAUUUUACAAAAGCUUCUGAAAGAUGAAACUAUUCAGAAAUGUCGUUUGAGGCGAGAUGAAGCAAGUGAAGAGUUCAUAAAAGAAUCACAAAAAAAAGUCUCAGCUUCUCAAGUUAUGAACAGUAAAUUGGGAGAAACAGCAACAACAUCGACAACAGCACCAGAAGAUGGUGAAGCUGCUCAAAUUGAAUCGACAAGUGUUCCUGAUGAUAUUUCUAAUUUCAUCGAAAAAAUGGAAGGUGAUGAUGAUGAUGAUGAUGAUAAUGAGACUCUUCAAACAGUUUCAUUUGAAGUGAAACAAGAAUAUAUUGAAAUUAUACAAAAACAGUGUAUCGUCCUUGAGCAUCCUCUUUUAGCUGAAUAUGAUUUUAAAAAUGAUUCAGUCAAUCCAAAUAUCAAUAUUGAUCUUAAACCUUCAGCUGUUCUUCGUCCAUAUCAAGAAAAAAGUUUACGAAAAAUGUUCGGUAAUGGUAGAGCUCGAUCAGGUAUAAUCGUAUUACCUUGUGGUGCCGGUAAAUCGCUUGUAGGUGUAACCUCAUGUUGUACAGUACGAAAAAGAUGCCUGGUUCUAUGUAACUCUGGUGUUUCAGUCGAACAAUGGAAAGCCCAGUUUAAAAUGUGGUCAACUGCUGAUGACAGUAUUAUUUGUCGAUUUACAUCUGAUGCUAAGGAUAAGCCAAUGAAUUGUGGUAUUUGUAUCACAACUUAUUCAAUGAUAACCCACACACAAAAAAGAAGCUACGAAGCUGAAAAAGUUAUGGAUUGGAUGAAAGAUCAAGAAUGGGGAUUAAUGUUACUCGACGAAGUUCACACCAUUCCAGCUAAAAUGUUCCGAAGAGUAUUAACCAUUGUCAAAGCUCAUUGUAAAUUAGGAUUAACUGCUACUUUAGUUCGUGAAGAUGAUAAAAUUCAAGAUUUAAAUUUCCUGAUUGGUCCAAAGCUUUAUGAAGCUAAUUGGCAUGAAUUGGAAUCACUUGGCUAUAUCGCUAAAGUUCAAUGUGCUGAAGUUUGGUGCCCAAUGACGCCAGAGUUUUAUCGGGAAUAUUUAGUAACACGAACUUGCAAAAAAAUGCUUCUAUAUGUAAUGAACCCGAAUAAAUUUCGAGCUUGUCAAUUUUUGGUUCGACAUCAUGAGAGACGUAAUGAUAAAGUUAUCGUUUUCUCCGAUAAUGUUUUCGCUCUGAUACAUUAUGCAGUUAAGAUGAAUAAGCCUUAUAUUUAUGGUCCAACUUCUCAAGGAGAGCGAAUGCAAAUCUUACAGAAUUUCAAAUUCAAUCCUAAAGUGAACACUAUUUUCGUCUCAAAAAUUGCUGAUACAUCUUUCGAUCUUCCGGAAGCUAAUGUAUUAAUCCAAAUCUCUAGUCACGGUGGUUCAAGAAGACAAGAAGCUCAACGUCUUGGUAGAAUUUUAAGAGCUAAAAAGGGAGCGAUUGCUGAAGACUAUAAUGCUUUCUUUUACUCCCUUGUCUCCCAAGAUACUUUAGAAAUGCAUUAUGCUAGAAAACGUCAAAGUUUCCUUGUUAAUCAAGGUUAUGCUUUCAAGGUGAUAACCAAGUUGAAGGGAAUGGACGAGGAGGAAUUACUUUAUACCAAUAAGGAUGAACAACAGCAACUUCUUCAUCAAGUUUUAGCUGCCAAUGAAUCGGAAGCGGAAGAAGAAAAAGUUCCCAAUGAUCCAUUUGCUAAAUCAUCAGGAUCAACUGCUACGCGAAGAGUUGGAAACAUUGGCUCAAUUUCGGGAGCCGAUGAUAAUGUUUACAUGGAAUACAAAGCAAGAGCUAAAAAUUAUGAAGCUCGGCAUCCAUUGUUCAAGAGAUUCCGAAAAUAAACUUUCAACAUUUUCCUUAAUUAA